AUGGGAAAUCAAAAUGGAAGAGAAAGUCGUUCAUCACCAAGUUUAAAAAGUCGACGUUCAAUUUCGAAACCAUUUUUAAAUUUAUCAUCACAUACCGAAUCACCAUUAUUACCAUCGUCCUGUUUGACAAUACACUCAAAUACAAUAUUGGAUGAUAUAUCCGUUCAUAGUCAAGGUUCAUUUCGUGUAACACCAGGUGGUACUUUAGCUCAUUCACCGUUUAACAAUAACAGCAAUAAUAAUCAAGAUUUUAUAUUAACAUCUGAUAAACGUUGGUUAUCUCGCGAAUUAUUAUCACAAUGCGAAACAACGUCCACUACAUCCUCAUCAUUCGUAAGCGGUUGUCAUUUACAUCACAAUCAUCAUUUAUCCAAUGAUUACGUUCUUUCUUCGUCGUCAGCAAUCUUAUCAAAUGAUCAAAGUUUAUGUUGUUCCCAGAAUGUAUACAUUGCUCUUCAUGCAUUCCAGGGUUCGGAUGAUAAACAAUUGACUUUAACAGUUGGUGAUCAUCUUACAAUUAUUGGCUGCAAUAAUAAUAAUGAAUGGUGUGAAGUAAAGAAUAUUCGUGGUGAAACGGGCUGGGUACCCAACUCGUUUAUUCGACCAUUAGACUCGUUAGACAGACAUUCUUGGUUUCAUGGUAAAGUAUCUAGAUGUGAAGCUGAAUAUUUACUUACUCAAGGAAUUAAUGGAAGUUUUUUAGUGCGUGACAGUGAAACAGUACCGGGACAAUUAUCCAUUAGUGUACGAUACGAAGAACGUAUCUAUCACUAUCGGAUAAAUAAGGAUGAACAUGGUCAAUAUUAUGUUAGUACUGAGUUUCGUUUUCAAAGUUUGCAACAAUUAAUUUAUCAUCAUUCAACAAAAACAGAUGGACUUGUACAUUUGCUAUUAUAUCCAAUAAGUAAACAAAAAAAUCAACCGCCAUUAUUUAAAAUAGAUGAUAAAUGGGAGAUAGCACGAUCAGAAAUUAUUAUGCAAUGUAAAGAAGGAGGAGGACAAUACGGUGAUGUAUACAAGGCUCUUUGGAAAAGAUAUAAUAAAAUUGUUGCAGUUAAAACUUUAAAGGAAACAAUGAAUGUCACAGAUUUUAUUGAUGAAGCAUGCGUUAUGAAAGAAAUGAAACAUCCUAAUUUAGUUCAGUUAUUAGGAGUUGUUACAUUAGAACCACCUUAUUAUAUUAUUACAGAAUUUAUGCCAUAUGGAUGUUUAUUAGAUUAUUUGAAGAAGCAUCCUCGAUCUGAAUUAACAUCAACCGUUUUAAUGUACAUGGCCGGGCAAAUAGGAUCAGGAAUGACAUAUUUAGAACAAAAAAAUUUUAUACACAGAGAUUUAGCAGCAAGAAAUUGUUUAGUAGGUGAGAAUCAUUUGGUGAAAGUGGGCGAUUUUGGCCUUGCUCGUCUUAUUCAAUGUGAAAAUCAUUACACGGCUAAGUUAGGAGCAAAAUUUCCAAUUAAGUGGACUGCACCAGAGGGACUGGCCUUCAAUCAAUUUUCUACAAAGUCAGAUGUGUGGAGUUUUGGUAUUCUUCUUUAUGAGAUUGCUACAUAUGGCUCUUCUCCGUAUCCAGGUGUUGAUUUGUCUGAUGUAUAUCAUUUAUUAGAGACCGGUUGUCGAAUGCCCUCCCCUGAAGGUUGUCCAGCGGAUGUUUACAAUUUAAUGCAGAAGUGUUGGAGAUGGAAGCCUGAAGAGCGACCCACUUUUAAAGAGAUACAUGCUGAACUGGAUUGUAUGACAUGUGUUGGUUUUCACAAUCAAGAAAAUGGUACAUGCAAAGUAGUCGAUUUUGGUUCCUCAGCACAGAGACUUCGCCUCACUAUUCCUCCUCCAAAACCACCUGCUAGAACAUGCUCAUUUAAAGAUGCAAUGAAUGUGACUCCGCCACCUCCACCAACUUCUGCUCAUCGAUCAUUGCUAUCACGAUUUUUUCCAUUGUCAUUGACUGGUCAACCAUCAUCAACAUCCACUAUCAAUCAUCAUAUUGAUCAAACCAUCUUCGAACAUCCAUCUGAUUUAAACAAUACAAAUGGACCUGUAUCUUUAUCUUUAUUAUCAUCACAACAGGAAGCAGCAAAUCAAUUAAAUUUAAUUAUAACAUCACAGAAUAAUGAUAAGUUAAGAGGUGAUCGUCCAAGGAAUAUGAAUCCUGAAGCACGUCUAUCAACAUUUAGUAGUAAAAAGCAGUUAGCCACAAUGCAAAACUCAACAUCAACAACAUUUUCACCGCCAAUGUCUACUACAAUCAAUAAUAAUUUAUCUUCCAAAGAAAAUCAUCAACAACAAGCAAACUGUGAUAAUUUACAACGAUCAAUAACAUCGAAUAACGGCAUGUUGCCGUCAGAAACUGAUACAAUGACAACAGCAAAAUAUACAAGAGGUGAAUUAGGAAAAAAUGACAAACUGAAUAAAAAAGCUAAUAGGAUAGAAUCCAAUACAUCGAUUGAUAAAACAUCUUCGUCAAACAAGUUUAGUGGCAAUAUUAGAUCUGCCGAGAACAAUCCUUCAUCGGACACAUUUACACCGGAAUUUUGUCGUAUAAAUCUACGCCGCACAACUGGCUUACCACCAACAAAAAUUGUCUCAUCAUCUUCUUCGUCAGCCUCUUCUUCUAGUGGUGAUGCUAAAAUUGAUGUUAAAACUGACACAUUAACAACAUCAUGUCCUCCGGGUACUCUCGCAUUUGAAAAGAAUGUAAUUGAAACAACGCUUCCUACUGUUGAAAACGCUAUUCGUUUAUUUUCUGAAUAUGCUUCGAGUCGAUGUCAAGAUUCUUCAAAACAAAUAUCUACAUCCGCUAUAAACACAUGUGUAGGUACUGAAAACAAUCAAACGGAUACAAUGCGUUCAUUAUUAGAAUGUGUUCAACUAUUAAUGAAACAUUUAAGACAAAUACAUAAAAUUCGUCGUGCAAAAGUAUCAUCAAGUAUAACAAUCGAUGAUGAGACGGUAGUGUUAACGAAAGAAAAUAUUAGUAAUAAAAAUUCAAUUACAACAUCUACAAUUACAUUUGUCAAUGAUUUAAAUCAUUUUGGUGAACGUAUUUGUCAAAUAAAAGUAUCACCACAAAUCGCGUUUCGUUUACGUGAAUAUGUUCAACAAAUACGUGAUGCAGCCACACAAUUACUUUCUACUGUUACAAAUGAUGAUUCAGCCAUCGCAUCAACGGCAUCAACCGUUUCUACAUCCGACGAAGAUGUAACAUUGACAAAACUAACACGGUUAUUACAAGAUAUUAAACGGCUACUUGAUAAAUUGUAG